AUGAAGCUGGCCCUGCUCCUGCCCUGGGCGUGCGGCUGCCUGUGGGGGUCGGCGCUGGCCACCGGCUUCCUCUACCCGUUCCCGGCCGCCGCGCUGCCGCAGCACGGCUACCCCGAGCCGGCCGCCGGCUCCCCGGGCGGGGCGUACGCGAGCCGCCGGCACUGGUGCCAUCACACGGUGACCCGGACGGUGUCCUGUCAGGUGCAGAAUGGCUCGGAGACGGUGGUCCAGCGCGUGUACCAGAGUUGCCGGUGGCCAGGGCCCUGCGCUAACCUCGUGAGGACCCUCAUCCGACCCACAUACAGGACGUCCUACCGCACGGUCACUGCGCUGGAGUGGCGAUGCUGCCCCGGGUUUACGGGGGUCAACUGCGAGGAGGAAUGUAUGAACUGCACCCGGCUCAGUGACAUGAGCGAGCGUCUGACCACACUGGAGGCCAAGGUGCUCCUGCUGGAGACCCCCGUGCAGCCCUCCAGCCCCGACAACCACCUGCCGGCCCCCCGCAGCAGCCCGCCACCCUGGAAUGAGGACCUCCUCCCGGACGCCAUCCCCCUCGCCCACCCCGGGCCCUGGAGGAGAAGACCCACCGGCCCCGAGGGUGAGUGGGGUGACCUCUUCCUCUUUCCAGGGCCCCCCGGGCCUGCAGGACCCCCAGGCUCCAAAGGUGAUCGGGGCCAGGCAGGAGAGAAGGGCCCCGCGGGGCCUCCUGGGCUCCUAGGACCCCCGGGGCCCCGAGGGCUUCCAGGAGAGAUGGGGCGCCCCGGCCCCCCAGGACCUCCCGGCCCAGCAGGCAGCCCUGGAGUUCUGCCCAGCAGCCCGCAAGGAGCCCUCUACUCCCUGCAGCCCCCCCCAGACAAAGACAACGGGGACGCGCAGCUGGUGCCUGCCCUGGUGGACACGGUGCUGGCGGGCAUCCCAGGGCCCCGUGGGCCCCCCGGGCCCCCAGGUCCACCGGGCCCCCCAGGAGCACCUGGACCACAGGGGGAGCCCAGCGCCAAGGCGGAUGAGGGGGACAAGGGCGGCGCUGCAGAGGGCGAGGGCGUGCAGCAGCUCCGGGAGGCUCUGAAGAUCCUGGCGGAGCGGGUGCUCAUCCUGGAGCACAUGAUCGGCGUCCACGACCCCCUGGCCUCCCCAGAAGGCGGCUCUGGCCAGGACGCGGCGCUCAGAGCCAGCCUCAAGAUGAAGCGGGGCGGCGGCCUGGCGGGACUGCUGGGCCCCGACCCUGGGCCGGGCAGCGCCCGGCCGGGCCGGCGGCCGGUCCUGGCCCCCCCACUGGCCACCGCCCCCCCGCAGCCUGGUGGCGACGUCACUGUAUCUGACAAUAAAGGUGCUCCCCCACUGGAAUCUGUUUUUGGGGGUGUGGCUGUGGGGGAGGACACGGUGGCCUCACACUGCCUGCUGGGAACGGGAGGGGGACCCCAAGUCCAGUAG